AUCACAAAGGUUGUGAACCUCUUGAGCGCGCGGCGCGAGAUUGGAGGUCCCGCCGCGUGUAGCUAUCUCCUGGGCAAUCCGGACCACUACACGAACCGUGAGUUCAAAGUGUUGUAUUGGUACACGUACCUGAAACGCGCUAUGGUAGAUUCCGAGCACAAUGUCCUUGUAAACCCGGAUGGAAGUGAUGACAAGCUGUUGAUGACCGUGACGGAAAAACGGGUGGUUGGCUUGAGCAAAGUGAACGACUACAUCUUUCGACCUGCAGAAUUUGAGCACAUGAGCGUUUAUGAAUACCUGAGGUGCACAGAUGUCGUGCGGAAACGGAAGAAAGAUAAUGUGGAAAAUGAUGCACAGUCGUCCGAUGAUGAGGAAACCGAUGACGGUUUGGAUGAGGACAUGGGCCGCAUACCGUAUGACGAGUCCACGGUGUAUGCAUUUCAAUCAAAACAUCCAUUAUAUCGUACUCACGGCGUGCGUCGGAAGCCCGAUAGUUUCAGAUACGUGAUUAAUUUUACAGGGGGCGUGCUCCCGAGACGAGAUCGUGGUGAUCGCGAGCUGUAUUGUGCCACUAUGCUUGCCUUGUUCUUUCCGCGGGGUUGGCGUAAAGGUUCUGACUUACUCCGUGGGUGCACUUCUUGGGCGGAAGCAUUUGAUUGUGCAGGUUUUGAUGGUCAACAUGUCACGGUCAUGAAGAAUAUGAACGUACUUUACGAGUGUGCUGAUGCCAGGGAUGAUUACGCAUCG